AUGGGCUUUUACUCAGACAAGUUGUCCAAGAGCCAGGCUGCGGCAACAGCAUCCGCCAUUGCGUACGCAGCCAAGAAGCAGCUGGAACUGUCGAUUCGACCCAUUACCUCUGGCGAGUACGAGCGCACUAUCUUCUUCAGCGGCUUCUUCGAGGAACUUCAGGGCAUGGAGGUCCGCCAAGAUCUUAGAAUUCCGCAAGACUUCCGAACUGGGCUGCCCAACAUUACUGGUCUCGCUAAGAUGGGACUGAACCAUUUCGCUGCUGUCAUUGCUACUGGCAAGAUCAAACACGCCACCUCGGCUUACUUGCCCGCGUGGGAGAUGAUCAAGAAGGCCGUGCCUCAGGAACACUGGAAAGACUGCAAGAUGGCCAUUCCCUCGAUAUCUUGGCAGCAUAUGUACCUAGUUAGGGGCACAGCGUUUGCCCCUGGCGUGUACUCUUCUGAUCGGGAGUAUCUCCUAGAUCUAGCGAGGGCUUAUCGCGCCGAGCUAAUGAUCCUGUACGACGCGGGCCUGAGAUCAGUCCAGAUUGACGACCCUAACCUGACCUUCUUCAUUGUGGAGGACUUCCGGGAAGGUCUACGGGGAGACGGUAUUGACCCUGACUCCCUGCUGGAUCUGUACAUUUGGGCGCACAACGAGGCCAUCAAGAACCUCCCGAUGGAUUUGCAUGUUGGCGUCCACCUCUGCCGCGGCAACAUUCCCGGCGGCCCAUCUUUUGCCGAGGGAUCGUACGAGAAGAUCGCUAGCCAGGUGUUUCCCAAGCUGAAUUAUGCCACAUUCUACUUGGAGUUCGACGACCCUCGCAUCUCUGGGCACUUUGAACCGCUGAGAUUCGUCCCCCGAGGGAAGAACGUGGUCCUCGGCUUAGUCUCGACCAAGGUCGCCGAGCUUGAGGACAAAGACGCUCUCAUCAACCGAGUUCUCCAAGCUGCCGACGCCAUUGCCACGGGGCAGGGAAGAAGCACAUCCGAGGUCCUGGAGGACUCGCUUGCGGUGAGCCCGCAGUGUGGAUUUGCCAGCCACAACAUCAAUAGAGGUGUGGCUACGGAGGAGAGAAUGUGGGAGAAGUUGGUUCUUGUCAGAGACGUUGCCAGGGCUCUGUGGAGUGAUGCCGUCUAA